CUUACAGAGACAAGUAUCAAUAAUUGUAAUAGAAAAAAUAAGUCAACUCAUAAUCAUAAGCAUAAAAGGUUAAUAGUCAAGCCAAACAAGAAUUGUAACGAGCAACAAAUUUAAAGACAAAAUUAACAUGGAUUUCAAUUUGAAGCUAGAGAGAAAAUCAUCAAUAAGAAAGCUAGGAAGAAGUAGAAGCACACUAUUAGCGUCAGAGUUAAUUAAUAUUCCAUGUGGAGACACAGAUUAUUAUGAAAGAAUUUCACAGUCUAUGAGACAUGUUGAAAUUAUUGAUGAUGAGGCCAAUCCCAUACUAAUACAUAAGUGGAAGAAGAAGAAAAAUAAAGCAUGGGUAUUUCUCAUGAGGGUAUUUUCUUUCAAGAAAAUGACUACAAGUGAUGAAAAGAUGAAAGAAGAAAGUGCUGAUCAUGAGAUGAACAAGAAGAAGAUGCAGUCUUCAUCACGGGAAAAAGAUGGGAAGAUUACACAAAAGCCAGAUGAAGUAGUGUUGGUAGUGGAAAAGAAACAAAUAAGGCAGCCUACAUUUCUUCCUGAUCCUUACAGACGAUGGCCUGUUCAAGGAUGGCGAUAUUGAAGAUUAAAAUUGAUAUACACAUGAAUAUUAAAACAUUGUGAAGGAUUCAGUGAACGUCUUGAAAAAUAGUAAUACAUGAUAAUUCACUGAAUGAUUGUUGACUCUACGGUGCUGUAAAAUAUGAUCUAAAUUAGGCAUGUGCAGAUUGUUAAUAUUCUCGGAGCCCAAGAAUAAAAGAAUUUUUGUUAUUUAAUUUUCUGUUUUUAAUAUACUUGAGAUCAAGAACGCACCCUAUAAAUAUUGGUUUUGUUUCUUCAUUUUGAUCAUCCCACAUUUGAAAACUCAUUUGAAUGUUCUUUGUAAUUGGGAGUUUUUUGUAUAUCUGAUAGAGUAGCGUUAGGAAAUACUUUUCGUGAACCUCUUUUUUAUUGAGUGAAUUGUAUGUGGUUAUUGUCU